AUGUCUCUAGCCUGGUAUUCAUACCUAUUAACACACUUCAACAUUUUAACUGAGAGAUGCGUAGCAGAGAUCCCUGAUUGCUCAAAGAAAGCGAAAGACUUCUCACUUUCCGCCGAUCCCAAGAAUUACUGCGGUAGUUUCUUCAGCAAUAGAUUCCUUGGCGACCUUCUACAUGAUAUUGCAGCGAAUGACCGAGAAUACUACGACUUGAGAAUGCAGAACCUUUCAGAGUGGGAAGUACCUGCAGCAGGGGGUAAUCCCCAGAAGAUUGAUCUAAUUCAAGUGGGUACUGAUAAAGUAGGUUUACUGAAACGCUUGCAAUACCUUAUGGCCGACAACGAAGAUAACUUUUCGCAGCAGUUGCGUAGCUUCCUUGAACAAGACGGCGCCAUAUGGGUGGGGUCUAAGGUGAUCUCCCUCGAUAUCCGACACAUGCGCAAGUUAUAUGAGAUCAAAAUGACAGGGAAGGAAACACCACUGCGAAACAUACAGGAAUCCGAUAGUGAAGGCGCCAUACUGCUCUACACCAAGUCGGAAAGCAAAAUUGUAGCCGAGGGCGUACUAUGCAACACAGUAGCCGCUACUUCUGGUUGGAAACUCCAUAGAGAGAACGGUAGCACGCAGAAUUGGAAUGUAAAGAGAGAGAUGAAGGCCUAG